GUCAGGGCCGGGCCGUGUGUCCUGGUCCUCCUUCUUCGGGCUGCGCCUCUCCGCCUACCCGGACAGAGUUGCGGAGAGCCGAGGAGGACUCAGGGGCGUGUCCAAACGGCCACCCCGCUCCGUGCUCGUCCGUCUCCCUAGGCUUCGCUGUCGGCGGCCCCUGGCUCCUGCGUGCCUGGAGAGGCUGCUGUCGCUGCGGUUGGAGCUCGGACGGAAGGCGAGUCCCCGGAGCCACGGGAGCCGCGGUGCUGGGAGGCUCGGCCAGCUGGACAGCAGGCACCCACCGAGCGGCCAAUGUUUGCUACUAAUGGGUGUGAGCAAGUUAGAUAUUCUGUACCGGAGACUUCUCCUCACAAAACUUUUUAUCAGAGGAUGGGGAAGGCCAGAGGAUCUCAAAAGACUCUUUGAAUUCAGAAAGGUGAUUGGAAAUCGAGAAAGAUGUCAGAAUCUGGUUUCAAGUGAUUAUCCAGUAUACAUCGAUAAGAUUGAAGAGCAGUCAGACUGUAAGAUCCUGGAUGGACACUUUGUUUCCCCCAUGGCCCACUAUGUGCCUGAUAUCAUGCCAGCUGAAUCUGUUAUAGCAAGGUUCCAAUUUAUUGUGCCUAAAGAAUGGAACAGCAAAUAUAGACCUGUAUGCAUUCAUCUUGCUGGAACAGGAGAUCAUGAAACCCAAGGACCAAAUGCUAGACGGUCCAGCUUAAAAAACGUGUCUGACCUUUUUGUGAUGGGAGGAGCUCUUGUUUUAGAAUCUGCAGCUCUCUUGCACUGGCUGGAGAGGGAGGGUUACGGCCCUCUAGGAAUGACUGGAAUAUCCAUGGGAGGACAUAUGGCUUCCUUAGCAGUAUCCAACUGGCCUAAGCCCAUGCCGUUGAUUCCAUGCCUGUCUUGGUCCACAGCAUCUGGGGUCUUCACUACGGGUGUGCUGAGUAAAUCAGUUAAUUGGAGGGAGCUGGAAAAGCAGUAUUAUACGCAGACAGUUUAUGAGGAAGAAAUUAUUCACAUGCUUGAAUAUUGUGGAACAGAUUCUUUCAAAAUGGGACAAGAGUUCGUGAAACGCUUCCCUAGCAGUGCAGACAAGCUAACUAACCUUAAUCUGGUUUCUAGAACUUUAAAUUUAGAUAUGACGGACCAAGUUAUGUCCCCAAAACCUGCUGAGUGCCAUAACUCUGGUAAAACAUCUAUCAGUGCCAUAUCAGAAGGACUCUUGUUGCAUGAUACCUCUAAGAUGGAGUGCUUCAAUCAAACACUUUCAACCAACAAAAGUAGUUAUAUGAGUUGCAGUCCUCAGUCAUACCACCUACUCAGUAAAGAACAAAGAAGAAACAAUCUUCAGAAAGAAUCUUUAAUAUUUAUGAAAGGAGUCAUGGAUGAAUGUACUCAUGUAGCAAAUUUCUCAGACGAGCCAUCUAUGAUGCAUUUGAACGCUUCCUCCAUAAAUACGCUAAUUAAUUGGAUCACUGUAUGUAACCAGUGCGACCAUCAUGUUCUUACGAAAGGAGUUUCAUCCAUUGAGGAUUUGAAGAACAAGCAGACAGCUCUAUAUAUCGAACUGCUAUCGAUUUAGUCUGGAAUUCAGUGUCAAAGAUCAGUCAACUGUAAUCUUUAAAUACCUUUGAAUAACUUUAAACCAAUAUUUGGAUGAAAUAAUGUUGAAGUAUUUUGUUAUUGUUUGUGGGAAUCCCAUAUACUCAAUAUCUAGUCUGUUACUAUUUAUGAAACCUUUAAAUUUUUAAUUAUGAAUAAUUUAUUAAUUUAAAAUAAAUGUAUUCAUAGAAACCCUAUUGGUUUUUAAAGAACUGCUAAACCGAACUAAGUUUGUAAUACAUCAGCCUGUAUUCUAAACCGUUAUAUAUUUCUGCUAUUGACUUGAUUUGAGAAACAUGUUUAUUUCUUUUAUGAAUCCAUAGUGAAUUCACAAUCUUAUUUUACCUUUAAUUUUCUGCCAUGGAAAUACUUUUGAUGUGUAAAAUCAGUGUUAACUCUGAAUUCUAAAAAAUCCUGAUUGCUUCAUACUUAAGUGCUUUUAAUAAUUAAAAUGAAUGUGGGAAUGCAGAUGAGAUACGUAAGACUUGGCCACUUUAAAACUUUGCCAAAUAUUAGGUUAGAAAAAAAUGCUAAAUAUAUUUCUCCUACUUAAAAAGUUUCAAUUCUGGGCCCGCCCGGUGGCGCAAGCGGUUAAGUGUGCACUCUGUGCUGCGGUGGCCCGGGGUUCGCCGGUUUGGAUCCCGGGCGCACACCGACGCACUGCUUGGCAAGCCAUGCUGUGGCGGCAUCCCAUGUAAAGUGGAGGAAGAUGGGCAUGGAUGUUAGCCCAGGGCCAGUCUUCCUCAACAAAAAGAGGAGGAUUGGCGGAUGUUAGCUCAGGGCCCAUCUUUCUGACAAAAAAAAAAAAAGUUUCAAUUCAUGAAAAAUGGAAAUAAUGGAAGACCUGUUGCAUUAAUUGAUAGAUACUGUCUAUCAAUUUCAGUUUCUAUCUAUCAGUUUCUUGUAUACCUUCUCUGGGUUUGCUAAAUUAGGCCAAGAACUUAACAGCUUUGGCUUUUUAAUUUCAGAAAUUAAUGGCCACAAAUGAAAUUGAUUUGUCCCACAUAAACUUUGUUUUAUAGAAAAGAUAUAAUAACUACUAACUUUUUAAAUUGGAAGAUUAUAUGGCUAGAUUUGGUGCUUUGUUUUUAUGUUAAACUCUCAAGCUGAAAACUAAAAUGUUUUACAAAAGUAGAAAAUAUUUUUGGGUAUUGUUUCAAGGUUUGGGAUAAAUAUAUUUGAGUUUUAUUUGUUUGAAAUCUGUGUUACCUAUGGAUUAUUUUAAAAUAUGUAUUCCUAGUCUAGUAAGGAUAUCUGAAUUAUAAUGUACCUUUGUAGCCUUUUUAAAGGAAAUUUUAUUUGUCUCUCUAAUCCCUCUAUCACCUUAAUUUUUAAAAACUAUUUAAAAAUUAUUAAUGUGAAGUCAUUGAUGGCGUACAAAAUUGUAAAUUCUAUAAAACUGCUUUGGCAUAACAAACCAACAUAGUUACAGCCAUUUGAGCUACAGUACUUUUACACGUUCAGACUGUAACCUUUACUUUUAACACCAAGUAUAAAACAUACUAAAGCUCUUUAACAAAAUACCUUUUAAAAUGAAGUAAAACUUAUUGUCAACUGAAUUACAAGUAGUUUCUUAUGUAUGUAGUGAGGUGAAUGAUUGAAUGCUUUCUGAACAGUGACUUUAGUAAAACCAAUACUUUAUUUUUCAUAUAAAUAUUUCUUACUAAGCAAUAAUGUACUAUGGUGUGUGACUUUCUACUGGUAAAAGAAUGAAAUUUCAUUUCAUUUUAAUUAACUCUUAGGCAUAACUAAUUUUUCCCAAACAAAUGUGAAAGAAGACAUUUUAAAAAUUUCAUCUCAACCAAAUGUUUUAAGAAUAUAUCCAUGCAAAUGCCUAAAUUGAUUAAUUCAAAAUGCAAAAUACUUUUUCUUAAAGUUUUUUUUAUUCACUCCCUCCAAAAUAGUGGCUUGAGCUUUAAAACAAUAGGUAGGUAGAUAGAGAGAUAGAUAGGUAGAUAGGUAGAUAGAGAGAUAGAGACAACAUAUAUAUUCAGAGAAGUGCUUCUGCCAUUUUGAAGAUUGGGUACAUAAAUUGCUAGAAAUUCAUUUAGGCUAGAGUUGCAAACUCGCAGUUGAUACAGGCCAGCUUGGCCCACAGUUGUUUUAUUCAGGGUGCAUAUUUCAAAAUAUUUUGAAUUUGAAAAGUCUUUAGAUGGGGCAUGCAUUCGCCAAUUUGCCACCGUCCACUGGACUUACUGUUGCAUCAGACUUCUUCACUACUUUGUGUUUCCUACUUAGCAGUGAAGACAUCUGAGUUUGAGACCCCUGAUUUAGAUCUGUGAUUAGAAAGUUUCUGAAGUUCAUGAUUUGCUAUUGUAAUUACUAUUAAAUCAUUUUAGCAUAUGCAUUUUAGAUUGUUUGUUACGAAUGUAAUUUUUUAAUGUGGUGCUUUCUCUUGUAAAGAUUAUUGAAUUGUUCACACUAAAAUUUUAAAAAUCAUUUCCAAAUAUUUUAUACUUCACAAUAAAAGUAUUUAAAAAGUUAUUUUUAU